GCAUCAGGUAGCCCAUGGUCGGACACUAUAUAACUGUGUGAAGCCAGAGGAGAGCAGUGAGACUACCGGGGUGACUACACAAGACCACAUCACGACACAACUGUCAAAAAAAAUGGCCAACCUACUGAGAUCGUGGAUGAUGCUCGCAGCGCUGGUGCUCUGCCUGCUCGUGUGUCUGAGCAGCUUUGCGGACGCUUAUCCUCCCAAACCGGAGAGUCCUGGCAACAACGCGUCUCCGGAGGACUGGGCCAAAUACCACGCAGCUGUCAGACACUAUGUCAACCUCAUCACCAGACAGAGGUAUGGAAAGAGGUCCGCCCCUGAGCAGGCAAUGGCAUGGCUGCUGUUUGGAGGUGAUUCAAACCAGGACGCUGAACCGAGCUCAGACUACGGCGAUCAGUGGUAAAUAAGCCCAAUGUUUACUCUAACCCAACUGCCAUCCUCCAAGAUCCUUCACUUCGCUAAUCAACAAGACAACCUGUACUGGAAAUUGAGACUUUCCAUACUUGAUUAUUUUAUGUGCAUGCAAACCUCUGAUCUGUCUGUGUGUCUUCCCCUCUUAGUAAACCUAUUUUUUCUUUGGCCAACAAUGUAAAUACUUUAUAUCAAAAUCAAUCACUUUACAAUAAAUACUUUGAAUGUAAUAAAAGUAUUAAAUAUUCAAACUUGA